CGCGCCCCGGUUGGUUGAGGCAACGCCGCGACGGCGGCGGCGGCCUCGAGAGCGGUAGUGGUUUCUGCUCAGCUUUAUUAGUUUUCUCCGCCCCCUCCCGUCGGAGGCUGUUGUGUGGCUGCCUUAAAAAAUCAACUUUAUUGUUCCUCAGCCCCACCUCCCGGCGCGGCGCGCGUCCUCAGGAUGCACUAAGGCUGAGGGGAGGGGAGGCGGCGGCGGAUCGCGGUCGCGGUCCCUCUCCUCCGAGCGCCCGGCCGGAGGGGAGGGAGUCACGAUGUCCGGGAGCCGCCAGACCGGGUCGGGCUCAGCUGGGACCAGCCCUGGCUCCUCGGCGGCCUCCUCGGUGACUUCCGCCUCGUCGUCCUUGUCCUCUUCACCGUCGCCACCUUCCGUGGCGGCCUCGGCGGCAGUGCUGGGAUCCGGCGGGGCGGCCCAGGCGGCGGGCUCGGGCGGCCUCGGGGGCCCGGGGCGGCCCGUGUUGGUGGCGGCCGCCGUGUCUGGCAGCGGCGGCGGGGCGGUGUCCGCGGGCCUGUCUCGGCUUAGCUGCGCGGCCAGGCCCAGCGCUGGCGUAGGAGGCGGCAGCUCCAGCCUCGGCGGAGGCAGCCGGAAGCGACCUCUGCUCGCCCCGCUGUGCAACGGGCUCAUCAACUCCUACGAGGACAAAAGCAACGACUUCGUGUGCCCUAUCUGCUUUGAUAUGAUUGAGGAAGCAUACAUGACGAAAUGUGGCCACAGCUUUUGCUACAAGUGUAUUCAUCAGAGUUUGGAAGAUAACAAUAGAUGCCCCAAGUGUAACUAUGUUGUGGAUAAUAUUGACCAUCUGUAUCCUAAUUUCUUGGUGAAUGAGCUCAUUCUCAAACAGAAGCAAAGAUUUGAGGAAAAGAGGUUCAAAUUGGACCACUCAAAUGGUCACAGGUGGCAAAUACUUCAGGAUUUGUUGGGAACUGACCAAGAUAACCUUGAUUUGGCCAAUGUCAACCUCAUGUUGGAGUUACUAGUGCAGAAGAAGAAACAACUAGAAGCAGAAUCACACGCAGCCCAACUACAGAUCCUAAUGGAAUUCCUCAAGGUUGCAAGAAGAAAUAAAAGAGAGCAAUUGGAACAGAUCCAGAAGGAGCUAAGUGUUUUGGAAGAGGAUAUUAAAAGAGUGGAAGAAAUGAGCGGCUUAUACUCUCCUGUCAGUGAGGAUAGCACAGUGCCUCAAUUUGAAGCUCCUUCUCCAUCACACAGUAGUAUUAUUGAUUCCACAGAAUACAGCCAGCCUCCAGGUUUCAGUGGCAGUUCUCAGACAAAGAAACAGCCUUGGUAUAACAGCACAUUAGCAUCAAGACGAAAACGACUCACUGCUCAUUUUGAAGACUUAGAGCAAUGUUACUUUUCAACAAGGAUGUCUCGUAUCUCAGAUGACAGUCGAACUGCAAGUCAGUUGGAUGAAUUUCAGGAAUGCUUGUCCAAGUUUACUCGGUAUAAUUCAGUACGACCUUUGGCUACAUUGUCAUAUGCUAGCGAUCUCUAUAAUGGUUCCAGCAUAGUCUCUAGCUGUAUCAGUUGGAGUAGUUACCAUAAGAAUCUGUUAGCCAGCAGUGAUUAUGAAGGCACAGUCAUUCUAUGGGAUGGAUUCACAGGACAGAGGUCAAAGGUCUAUCAGGAGCAUGAGAAGAGGUGUUGGAGUGUUGACUUUAAUCUGAUGGAUCCUAAACUCUUGGCUUCAGGUUCUGAUGAUGCAAAAGUGAAGCUUUGGUCUACCAACCUAGACAACUCAGUGGCAAGCAUUGAGGCGAAGGCUAACGUGUGCUGUGUGAAAUUCAGCCCGUCUUCUAGAUACCAUUUGGCUUUCGGCUGUGCAGAUCACUGUGUCCACUACUAUGAUCUUCGUAACACUAAACAGCCAAUCAUGGUAUUCAAGGGACACCGAAAAGCAGUCUCUUAUGCAAAGUUUGUGAGUGGUGAGGAAAUUGUCUCUGCCUCAACAGACAGUCAGCUAAAGCUUUGGAAUGUGGGGAAACCAUACUGUCUACGUUCCUUCAAGGGUCAUAUCAAUGAAAAAAACUUUGUAGGCCUCGCUUCCAAUGGAGAUUAUAUAGCUUGUGGAAGCGAGAACAACUCUCUUUACCUGUACUAUAAAGGACUUUCUAAGACUUUACUAACUUUUAAGUUUGAUACAGUCAAAAGUGUUCUGGACAAAGACCGAAAAGAAGAUGAUACAAAUGAAUUUGUUAGUGCUGUGUGCUGGAGGGCACUUCCAGAUGGGGGAGAGGAAGAAGAUGAGGAUGUUCAUGUAGAAGCUGAAAAACUGAAAGGGCAAGUUCAUUUGAAAGUUCUGUGACUGCAGGAUCCUGAGUGAAAAUCAAAUUCAACUGUACACAGACUCCAUGAACAACUUCAUAAAAGAAAAGCCAUUCUAAUUUUUAGGAUGCAGUUUGAAUGCAAUGUUAUUACCCUUCUGUGUCACCCCAAAGAGAGAGAAAAGAAGCAAAAGCCCCUACUUUUGUUUAUAAUCAUGGUAUAAAAAGAGCCUAAAAUAUGUAUGUUUUCUUAUUUGUAGUGACACUGUAGUCAUCACUCCAAAUUACUUUUUUCUGGCAAUGAGAAAACAAUGUAUCUAUAUUUAUAAAAAAGAAUGUCAAGACAAUAAGCUCUAUGGAGAGAAUAUUAAAGAAUUAACAGAUAUAAUGUAGACUGUGAGUUGUUCUUGUUUGAAGACUACCUACCUCAAAUUUUUAUAUUGUUUAAGGAAUAAUACUAAAUUCAGCCAUCUUCCUCACUGUUCUGUGUUCUCCAGGGAGUUGAAUUUGCAGAUACUGUAUAUUGUACAUAGAAUAAUUUUCAUCAUAUCAUGUGUUUGUCUAAAGGGCUUAAAUAGGUGCACAGAACUUAGCAGACACUUUAAGAAGAUAAUUCAGUGCUUGUAGGACAAACUGUUGAAUACUGACCACUUUAAUUUUUACUAGCUAUCUCAGCUGUUAUUCUUGCUUUUAUAAACAAAUGUGAACAGUAUUUCCAUGAACUUAUAUUUGCCAUGUGCCUAAUAGUGUUGUAUCACUCAAAAGGGAGAUUCAGUCUUAAAGAUCACUUGUCUAGACUCUUUUCCCUCCAACAAAAUCUUCAAGGAAUUUGCCUGCCUUAGUUUUACAACCAUAAAGUUGUUUUGGGGAAGAAAAUGUUUCUGAGUUUUUUGAGAUCCUUAUAUUUUUUAAAUAUCUAAGUGGUGGGGGGGAGGCAUGUGUCAUUUGUAACUUCUGUCUUCAGUUAAUUCUGAUUAAGAGCACAGCAAUCAGGUUGCCAGCUUUGCUUCCUGUGGACACUAAAUAUUGGCUCUGACGUGUUCAGUAAGUUACUAACUUUCUGUGUGUUUCAGUUUUAUCUUCUAUGAAAUCAGAAUAAUAGCAUCUUCUGCAUAAUAUUGUAGAAUAAAAUUAGAAAAUCUAAAGAAAGUAUUAAGAUAGGUGGGAAAUUCAAGGUAAAUGAUAAUAAAUGAUAAAUGUUGCUGUUUUCUGCAUUUACUACACUAAUCCACAUAGCUGGACAGCUGCACUUAUUUUUAAUUCAUCAACUAUUAAUAUUGCAAAUGCAAAAUAUGCAUUUAGAUAAUUUACAACCUAAUAAACAUAAAUAUUUAUAAACAAAUAUCUGGGUAUAAACCUGAAAGAAAAAUCUUUUUAAGAGAAUUAAUUACCCCUGAAAAUAUUGGGGGAAAAAUUACUUUUAUUUGGGAGAAUUAUGGAAGGUACUGGCUUUUGUGCUGGGCUUCAUAAAGAUGUACAGGGUUUCAGAAGGCUUAAAAUAGAGAAAAAGGUUGUGCCUGGACAGAAGACCAUAAACUAGCAUCUUUUAGUACCAACCAGGCAUUAUAUACUAAGUGCUACCUUAAUUCACAAUCAUCACCAUAAAACUUUUAAGGUAUAUUCUUUUGCCUCCGUUUACAAGUGAAAUUGAGGCUCAGAAAGGUUAACUGAUUUACCCAAGAUAGUACAACUAAAUUAAGGAGUAGAAGCAUUGGAAUUUGAAUUCAGGUCUGGUUGGCUCCAAAACCCACACUUUCUGCUACACUGCCUUCAGACUGGAGAACAGUGUGGACAGGUGCAGAUGAGGGAAACUGCAAUAGAUACAUAGGAAACUUUUAGUAGAAUGGUGUAAGUAAGAAGGUGGGGUAGAAACUCUUGGGAAAUAAGACUGGAGAGGUAGCUUGAAUGCCAUGCUGAUAAAAGAAAUGUGGGCUUUCUUUUCUGGGCACUAGUAAGCCCCUAAAGCCCACUGUAUAGGGAGAUAAAAUCACAUGAGGAUAUUCUCAUAGUAGCGUGUAGAGUGCAAUGAGAGGAGAUUGAAAGUAGAGAGUCCAGUUAGAUAGGUUAUUAAUUUAAUCAGCAUUUAUGUCUAUUGUUUCCUUUUUAAAAUGUUGAAGUUCACCUCAUACAUUACAAACAUGCUUAUUUAAAGAUGUUUAAAUAUACUCAGUUAAAAAAAUUUGUUUAAGCUAUGUUCAAGGAUAUAUAGCUAUUAUCUCCCACCUACUAGCAUGCAACUUGUUUUUUUCUUUUUCCA